AUGUUAAUGGCUGGUAUAUCACUACAAAGUGAUGUCAUUCCACCACAAUGUGAUGUCAUUCCACCACAAAGUGAUGUCAUUCCACCACAAUGUGAUGUCAUUCCUCCAUCAAGUGAUGUCAUUCCACCACAAAGUGAUGUCAUUCUACCACAAUGUGAUGUCAUUCCACCACAAAGUGAUGUCAUUCCUCCACAAAGUGAUGUCAUUCCACCACAAAGUGAUGUCAUUCCACCACAAGGCGAUGUCAUUCCUCCACAAAGUGAUGUCAUUCUACCACAAAGUGAUGUCAUUCCACCUCAAGGUGAUGUCAUUCCACUACAAGGCUAUGUCAUUCCUCCACAAAGUGAUGUCAUUCCACCACAAAGUGAUGUCAUUCCACCACAAGGCGAUGUCAUUCCUCCACAAAGUGAUGUCAUUCCACCACAAAGUGAUGUCAUUCCUCCACAAAGUGAUGUCAUUCCACCACAAAGUGAUGUCAUUCCACCACAAUUUAAUCUCUUGGCUCCUAGUGUCCUUCAGGCGACUUCUGGCAACUCCUCCCGGCAGUUCCCAAUUUGA